AUGGGGCUCGAUGGACCCUGGCUCCUGGAGCACACAGCUACUAGUCCAGUGUGGAGAGUCUCAUAUGACUGUGUGGAGAAGUCUGCAGGGAGACACUGUGUCUAUGAUUCUUCCUCCUUUCCCUCCUCUUCCUGGGGUCUGGAGGUGAAGUGUUCAGACUCGGUGCGUCUGGUCUCGGGGCCCAGUCUGUGCUCAGGAUCAGUGCAGAUCUGGGACCAGUCCUGGACCUGGGUCUGUGAAGGGGCCUUGGACCAGCAGGGGGCAGAGGUGCUGUGCAGGGAGCUGGGCUGUGGGGCUCCUUCUCUCCUCCAGGGGGCGCUCUCUCCUCUGGAGCAGACGUUCCACUGUGAGGGCCAUGAGUCUGCUCUGAUGGACUGUCCCCACUCCAGCUCAGAGACCUGCUCCUCUGGAGCCGCUGUCAACCUCACCUGCUCAGAGCCACUCAGGCUGGUGGGAGGGGCCAGUCGCUGUGCUGGGACUGUGGAGGUGAGACACAGAGGAGAGUGGAGACGGAUGGAGCCCGAUAGACCCUGGCUCCUGGAGGACACAGCUGCUGUGUGCAGAGACCUGGACUGUGGCUCUGCUGUUUAUGGAGAAGAGAGAGAGGAUUUUCCACAGAGUCCAGUGUGGAGAGUCUCACCUGACUGUGUGGAGAAGUCUGCAGUGAGACACUGUGUCUAUGGUUCUUCCUCCUCUUCCUCCUCUUCCUCGGGUCUGGAGGUGAAGUGUUCAGAUUUACUGAAUCGUCCGGUCAUCUCUCUGUCUGUGUCUGACGGGGUUUCCGAGGCCCUGCCGCAGGGGGUCCGGGUGCUGCUGGGGUCAAAGUUCAGGGUCAAAUGCUCUGUGGAGCCACAGUACCCGGGAGGCUCCUUCCAGCUCCUCUCUCCAACCGCGCCCCUCGGUCAGAACCACACCCUGCCCGCUGUCAAUCACUCCGCACACUUCCUGUUCUCUGACACUGGCCCCGCCCACAAAGGAAACUACACCUGUGUUUACCACCUGCAUGUGUUCAACCACAGCUUCUCCUCUCAGAGCCCCAGCCUCCAGCUCUCUCUGGGAGCUUCAGACUCAGCCCUGAUCAUCAGAGUCCUGCUCAUUCUACUGUUGAAGCUCCUCUACAUCCUUCCAAUGCUCUACUACUACUGCAAGGUCCGGGCCAGAGGGAGGCGCUAG